GGUGCUUUGACAUAAAUGCCCCGCCUUUAUAUGGUACAAAGCAAACCCCGUUCUGGGUCGAAAACUCGAAAGGAAGCUGAACUGAAGGGAAAAAGCCAACUUGGGUGCCGAAGCAGAAUGAGAGCUGAGAGCUUCAAUGCCGCUUUCUCCUCUGGUGUCCGUACAAUUCAAAGGCCUCUGAGCUCUUCAAUUUUCGGCGUAACGAAGCCUAAACUUAUCGCUGCUACGCCUUCUAAAAGCUCCAGAUUUACUCGGAUUUCAAUACGCUGCGCGGUUCAUUUUCGACCUUGCAUUGAUAUACACAAGGGGAAAGUGAAACAAAUUGUUGGGUCUACCCUUUCGGAUUCGAAGGAGGAUGGGUCUGCUCUUGUUACCAAUUUUGUGUCAGAUAAGUCAGCGGCGGAGUAUGCAAAGAUGUAUAAGGAAGACGGCCUUACAGGUGGUCAUGUGAUCAUGCUUGGAGCUGACCCUUUGAGCAGAGCUGCAGCCAUUGAAGCUCUGCAUGCCUAUCCUGGUGGUUUGCAAGUUGGAGGUGGGAUCAAUUCAGAUAAUUCUUUGCGUUACAUAGAAGAAGGGGCUAGCCAUGUCAUUGUCACCUCAUAUGUAUUCAACAAUGGGAAAAUGGACCUUGAAAGGCUCAAAGACCUUGUUUCUGUUGUUGGAAAAGAGAGGCUUGUUUUAGACCUUAGCUGCAGAAAGAGGGAAGGCAAAUAUGCAAUUGUUACAGAUAGAUGGCAGAAGUUCAGUGACGUGUAUCUUGAUGAGGAAAUAUUGGACUUUCUUGCCAACUAUGCAGACGAAUUUCUAGUUCAUGGUGUUGAUGUUGAAGGGAAAAAGCUGGGCAUUGACGAAGAGCUUGUGGCGUUGCUUGGAAAGCAUUCACCGAUUCCUGUAACUUAUGCUGGUGGCGUCACUGGAAUGGGUGAUUUAGAGAGGAUAAAAGUGGCGGGGCUGGGACAUGUGGAUGUUACUGUUGGCAGCGCUUUGGAUGUCUUUGGGGGCAACUUGUCAUACAAACAUGUAGUUGCUUGGCAUGCCCAGCAGGAGGCCUUGACUGUUUAGUGCAUUUCUAUGAUCUUUUGGUUUGUGUACACCAUUUUGAUAUCUAGGUGGUUGUGGCUUUUUAUAUUUUGGAAAUCCGUAGUAGAGUUCAGUUGUGUAACUUAGAAUAAAAUGCUACGUUGUACCUUAUGAAUAGAAGCUAUUUACUUUUGUGGCCACUGAAAUGAAAACUUGCAACAGCCUAAUAUGGUGAAAUUGAGUUACGAAUCAAGAUUCUACUUUUGUUUU